UUUCCCCCCUAUAAAUAUCUCCGCCUAACCAUCGUUAGUCUUCACCUACUCUCUCUCUUUCUUCACAAGUAAUUCGUCUUUCUUUCGCAAUCGUUUCUAAGCAGCCAUGUCUUGCUACAAGGGAAAGUACUACGAUGAGCUUAUCGCCAAUGCUAAGUACAUUGGUACACCUGGAAAAGGUAUCUUGGCCGCCGAUGAAUCCACCGGUACCAUUGGAAAGCGGUUCGCCAGCAUCAAUGUAGAGAAUGUCGAAUCCAACAGACAAGUUUUCCGUGAACUCCUCUUCACCGCUCCAGGUGCUCUCCAAUACCUAAGCGGAGUCAUCCUCUUCGAAGAAACUCUCUACCAGAAAACCGCUGCUGGCAAGCCUUUCGUGGAUGUCCUAAAGGAAGGUGGAGUCCUCCCUGGAAUCAAAGUCGACAAGGGCACAGUCGAUCUAGCCGGAACCAAUGGUGAAACCACCACCCAAGGUUUAGACGGCCUAGCCCAACGUUGCGAGAAGUACUAUGCUGCCGGUGCUCGUUUCGCCAAAUGGCGUGCAGUCCUCAAGAUCGGCGCAACCGAGCCAUCCCAGCUAUCGAUCAACGAAAACGCCAACGGUCUAGCCCGUUACGCCAUCAUCUGCCAAGAGAACGGUCUAGUCCCAAUUGUUGAACCUGAAAUCCUAGUCGACGGUUCCCACACCAUCGACCAGUGCGCAGACAUAACCGAGAGAGUCCUAGCUGCUUGCUACAAGGCCUUGAGCGACCACCAUGUCUGCCUUGAAGGUACUCUGUUGAAGCCGAACAUGGUUACACCUGGUUCGGACUCUGCCAAGGUUGCACCUGAGGUUGUUGCUGAGUACACCGUGAGGGCUUUGCAGAGGACCAUGCCCGCUGCUGUCCCUGCUGUGGUGUUCUUGUCUGGUGGACAGAGUGAAGAGGAGGCGACUUUGAACCUGAAUGCGAUGAACAAGUUGAAGGCGAAUAAGCCAUGGACUUUGACGUUUUCUUUUGGAAGGGCACUUCAGCAGAGUACCCUUAAGGCUUGGGCUGGGAAAGAGGAGAACAUUCCUAAGGCUCAAGCUGCUUUGUUGGCUAGGUGUAAGGCGAACUCUGAGGCUACUCUUGGAACUUAUCUUGGAGGUGGUUCUCUUAGCGAAGGAACUUCUGAAAGUCUUCACGUUAAGAACUACACCUAUUGAGGAAAAAGGGAAGUGUUAUGCUUGUCGUUUUUGAUGUUUUACGUCUUUUACGACUUCUUUGGAUUAUUUCUGGUUAUGUUUUAAGACUUUAAAAGGUCAUUUGGAGGUUUUUGUUUUUAAGGUUAUGAUGUUAUGAGGCAGUUGAAGAGAAUAAGUGAACUUUGUUGGUUUUUG